GUCCCCACCCACCCUCGCCUCCCAAGUCCUGGGACGGGCCUCCCCACCCUCCGGGGCACCGAUACUCACGGAGUCACUCCAGCUUCUCUGGGUGCUCCGUGGAGCGAAGAGCGCUCUAGGACAAGCAAGGAUUCCUCUUCUCCUGUAAAUGACCACAGAGGAAGACAAUGAAUGAGGUGAAAGAAUCCCUUCGCAGCAUCGAGCAGAAGUACAAGCUCUUCCAGCAGCAGCAGCUCACCUUCACCGCCGCUCUGGAGCACUGCAGGGAGAACGCCCACGACAAGAUCCGGCCCAUCUCCAGCAUUGGACAGGUGCAGAGCUACAUGGAACACUACUGCAACAGCUCCACAGACCGGCGGGUUCUGCUCAUGUUCCUGGACAUCUGUUCCGAGCUGACUAAGCUCUGCCAGCACUUUGAGGCCGUGCACUCUGGCACCCCAGUCACCAACAACCUCCUCGAGAAAUGCAAAACCCUCGUUAGCCAAAGCAACGACUUAAGCAGCCUCAGAGCAAAAUACCCUCAUGAUGUGGUGAACCACCUCAGCUGUGACGAGGCCCGGAACCACUACGGCGGCGUGGUCAGCCUCAUCCCCCUCAUCCUAGACUUAAUGAAAGAAUGGAUCGCCCACUCCGAGAAGUUGCCGCGCAAGGUGCUGCAGCACGUGAGUGAGCCCCAGGCGCACCAGGAGAGCACCAGGGGAGCCGCUCGUCCUGCCCAGGCCACAGGGACCCAGCCCGGGGCCACUAAACACAAGUGUAGACAGCUCACAAAAGCCAGCCUCAAACCCAGGGGAUGUUCAAAACCGCCCUGGAGGCCUCCUGGUGGGAAAUUGUAACUCAGAGCCAGGAGCUCCGUCGGCAGAGAGCUUUGCUGUUUAAUUUGGAUUUUACUGGUUGGUCCUUUUUUCACUGGUACCCAUGGACCCUGCCACUUACUAACCCCAAGGGAAUCAGCCAAUAUAUUACUGAGACUUCC